CUUGAUUACUACUACUACACACACAAUCAUAUCUCGGACCCAAAAUGACGUUCUCUUCUCUCUACGCUUCGCUUCUCUUCUUUGCCUUCAUCUUCGUCACGCAUGCAUUCGACCUCAGCAUCAUCCAGAUGCAACAAGAAACAUGUCCGUACACGGUGGUUGUCAUGACGAGCUGCCUCUCUCCGGAGACGACAAGGGAUCAGAUCAGUAUCGUUUUUGGCGAUGCCGACGGUAACAAGGUGCAUGCACAGAGACUAGGCGGUUCGGUAAGAGGAUCAGGGGGUUUGGGGAAGUGUUCAACGAACACAUUCCAAGUCAGAGGUCAAUGUCUGAAUAACCCUAUCUGCUCUCUCUAUAUCAACCAGGAAGGACCCGACGGUUGGGUCCCANAUUUCUGA